AUGGGGUUGGACGGGUCCCACAGAGUCGAAAUUCUGUGGAAUGGAGUGGUACCGGACAUAGUCGAAAUUCUGUGGAAUGGGGUCGGACGGGUCCCGCAGAGUCGAAAUUCUGUAGCAUGGGGUGGUACGAGUCCCACAGAGUCGAAAUUCUGUGAGUUGAUGGGUUGGGACGGGUACCACAGAGUCGAAAUUCUGUGGAAUGGGGCUGGACGUGUGCCACAGAGUCGAAGUGCCGUAUACUGGGGUAGGACGGGUACCACAGCGUCAAAAUUCUCUACACUGGGGUUGGACGGAUCCCACAGAGACGAAAUUCUGUACGAUGGGGUUGGUCGGGUCCCACAGGGACGAACUUCUGCACAUCAGGUUUGGACGGGUCCCACAGAGUCGAAAUGCUGUAGAAUGGGGUUGGACGGGUCCCACAGAGUCGAAAUUCUGUGGAGUGGGGUGGUACCGGACAGAGUCGAAAUUCUCUACACUGGGGUUGGACGGGUCCCACAGAGUCGAAAUUCUGUGGAAUGGGGUGGUAAGGCUCUCGCAGAGUCGAAAUUCUGUACGCUGGGGUUGGACGGGUCCCACAGAGUCGAAAUUCUCUACGCUGGGGUAGGUCGGGUACCACAGAGACGAAAUUCUGUGGAAUGGGGCUGGUACGGGUCCCACAGAGUCGAAAUUCUGUACAUGGGGUUGGACGGGUCCCACAGAGUCGAAAUGCUGUAG